CUCCUCCUCCUCCUCCUCACCCGUCAGUGUGGGCGGGCCCCGCUCCAGAAGAGAGCGAGCGAAACACGACACCCCGAGGACGGAGAGAGGCACGGGGGGAGGAGAGAGUAGACAGAGUGGUGUGAGAGUGACUGGAGGACUUAAAAAAAAAAAAAAAAAAGUCUGUAAAGAAAGAGAGGCUCCUCUCUGACGUUAAUUUCUGUCAAAGAAGUAACAACAAAGCUUUUUUUUCUGGCGGAGAGAUGUCAAGCAGCGACGAAGAUGCGGUUGAGACGGAGUAAACAGCCACCGGAGAGUUAGCGAAAGAACUUGUUCUAAAGAGAGAGAAAGGGUUUUUUCGGCUGCCUCGAGUUCGGGACGGUUGGCCGUUUUUCCGCCCGCAACUUGAGCACAUCUCAACGCCUGCGAAUUUACGGGACGAGAGGACGGAGGACGGAGGACGAGCACCGACGCCGAGGUCUUGACCGCUCAGCUCGGUGGAAAGAAAGCCCCCCUUUCGGUCGGUUGGGUCGGUUGGCAGAGAGCCGGGGGGGAAGCGGACCGACCGACAGAGCGCGGCGAGCUCGACAAGAGAGAGCCGCUGAAGCAGCACCAGCAGCAGCAGCAGCAGCGGCGGCGGCAGCAGCGGCGGCGGCGGUAGCAGCAGCCACUAAAAAGUUUGCCGUGUAUCUUCACCUAGUUUUCCAGAUUGGGAACUAGAAGAGGGGGAGAGGAAGAGGCCGAGAGACUUGACUUUCCACAAGCAACUUUGCGGAAUUCAUCCAGUUUUAGCAAACUUUUAUCCGCUGUUAAGUAGCUUAAAGCAGGAAGAAUGAAAACACCUGGAGAUAGUGGGUUCGCCUUCCCAGAAUGGGCUUACAAGCCCGAGUCGAGCCCCGGGUCCAGGCAGAUCCAGCUGUGGCACUUCAUCCUGGAGCUGCUGAGGAAAGAAGAGUAUCAUGAUGUCAUCGCCUGGCAGGGGGACUAUGGCGAGUUUGUCAUCAAGGACCCAGAUGAAGUGGCCCGGCUGUGGGGGGCCAGGAAGUGUAAACCCCAAAUGAACUACGAUAAGCUGAGCAGGGCACUGAGAUACUACUACAACAAGAGGAUCCUCCAUAAGACCAAAGGCAAGAGGUUCACCUACAAGUUCAACUUCAAUAAGCUGGUGUUGGUCAACUACCCCUUCAUUGACAUGGGCUCCACUGGAAGCGGUGUUCCUCAGAGCGCCCCACCUGUCCCCACCGGUGCAGGGACCCACUUCCGCUUCCCUCCUUCCACGCCCUCUGAAGUCCUCUCCCCCAAUGAGGACCUGCGCAGCCCAGGCGGCAUGUUCAGCUCUGUGGCCCGACGAAUGGCACGCGGCUCUGUCAGCGAUUGUAGCGACGGCACCUCAGUCAAUUCUGAGAUUGAGGAGGGCAACACGGGAGCAGGAGAGGAGAGGGGAGAGAGGGGUGUGAGUGGAGGAGGAGGACCUGGUGGUGGAGGAGGAGGCUACCGGAGCAUCAUCCAUCCCCGUCUGUCUCAUGAAUCUCUGUUCCGCAUGUAUGGAGGACCAGGCAACCCUGCUGGGCAUCCAGGCUCCCGAGGCCCCACUGGGCACCGUAUUCACCCAGAGCCCCUGUCCCCUUUCCCUGUGUCCCCUCUGCCUGGGCCAGGAGGAGCCGGCCUCCUAGCCCCUCCUUUAUCCCCAGCACUCAGCAUGACCCCCACAUCUCACCUCCCCUACACUCCCUCACCCACCCUGUCACCCAUGCUAGGCUCCCACUUCUCCUUCAACCCAGAGGACAUGAAGCGCUACCUGCAGGCCCACACCCAGUCGGUGUACAACUACGGCCUCAGCCCCAGAGCUUUCCUCCAGUACCCCAACAUCGUCAUCCCUCAGCCGCACCGGCCUGCCGCAGACAAGGCCGGUCUGACCGGAGAGAGAGGAGCGGCCGAGAGAGCAGACAGAGCAGUGACAGCAGGGGGAGAGAGGGGAGGAGAGCGGCACCACCAUCCAACUCUGGCUCACUCCGCCCACCAUCACCCCCAUCCACCUCACUCUGCCCACCCUCAUCCCCAUUCCCAUCCCAUGCAUCACCCGCUCCAUCUGGGUGAGGAGCCCCCACACAUGUCUCCCUUCAAGUUCAAGCUGCAGCCACCACCACUGGGCAGGAAGCAGAGGGAGGGUCAAAGCCAGAGUAAACCCAGGCAGAGCUCACUUUCCUCAGGCUCAGGAUCCGGGUCCAUGUCAUCUACCUCUGGCCUCGGCUCUUCACUGUCGUUCAGCAGUGAUCUGAGCUCAGCCAGCGGCUCGGGCCUCAUCUCUGCUUCCUCCUCAACGCAGUCCCUAAACAGUGCAGGACUUCCCAAGAUAAAGGUGGAGCCCAUCUCUGAUAUAGAGUCAGAGGAAGAGGUGGAGGUGACUGACAUUAGUGAUGAGGACCCAGAUGAGAGAGAUGAGGAGUUUGAGCUCUUCUCCUCUCGCCACUCCAGAGCCCCUGACCACCACCACCACCACCAUCACCACCACCACCACCACCUCUCUAAUGGCUCAGCUGCCCCCCCUCAUCAACACCAUCCGGAUGAGGACCUGGACGAGGAUGUCUUCAAAGCGCCCGCUCCACCUCCACCUGGCCUGAUGCCCUUCUUCACCUCGCAGCACACACACUCCAAUGUGCACCGCGUGCUGCCCACCCUCAAGACCGAACCCAUCGAGCCAGGGGACAGUAACACACCCCCGCCUCAGACAGGCUCAACGGGAGUUUCCCAGACCAAGUGCAUCCCCCUCAAGCUGCGCUUCAAGAGGCGCUGGAGCGAAGACCAGCGCAUGGAGGCCUCACAGGAGGAGUCGGACGACAAGAAAGUUCGACCACAGGAGAGGCAACGUAAUGGGCGGAUGGAGAUGGAGGAAGAUGGGACGGGCAGUGGUGAAGGGGACAGUCCUCCCCCGUUAGCAUACGAGGGCUCUUUAGCCGCACCAUUGGCCUCACAUCGCAGGGUGAGUGCUGAGCUGCAUCGUGCCACUGCACAGCUGUCUCUGGAGAACAAAGACUGCUGAUGAGAGACACGGCCCAAACACUACUGCUCCAGUAGCACUGGAGGUGGUACAGGAGUAUGUAAAUGGUUCCUCUGUAAUCUCUCUCCCACGCUGACAAACUAGAUUCCCGAAACCUCUAGUAAGAGCACAGUCUAACAAACAUACAUAAACCUCAAAGACAGCCCUACUAUUCUGUCAGAUCCCCCCACCAAUCCUCUGUCUGGAUCAGGGCUCUUCUGGGACACAUCCUUUUGGAGGAAGGGACUCACUCAGAUUUCAGCUAUCCCAGGCACAAUGACUGAAACAGGGCUGAAAUCAGAGGGAGGCUCCCUUAUGGAGCUCCAAGUUCACCUCCCACCUGGCCAGUGAAGCUCCAGAUGCCCUGCCCCAGUAGCACAGCUCCAACCUCUGGCCCCCAUCAGUAUGAUCAGCAGUCAGUCACACUUUCCUCAGGAGACUCGUACUCCCUUACAACCCAGCAACAAACCCAGAAUGACGGUGUGCACAAUCUCCCCUCUGCUACUUUUCCUAUAAGACGACGGGACUUCAAUAAGUGCCUGUAUCUAAAACCCACAGCCCUGGAAUGACACGGAACAGAGCAAAGAAGGGGAGCAUGUGCGGGAGGAGGACUGCUAUGAGUAAUCAUUCUUUACACUCAUGAAAUUCUUGUCAAGUUUGGCAGAUACUGAAAAGUCAUGGGGGUGAAAAGGAAAAAGUGGGUGUCCAAGACUGGAGAGUGGGGCUGUUGGGUGCUGUCUGACUGACAGAACUGCUCUUAAACCUGGCCCACUCCACUCAGGGAAGCCUAUUGCUGUAUGUUUAUUGGAUUCAUGCACACACACAUAAGCAAAAAAUUAAAAAAAAAAAAAAAAACAACAACAAAAAAACACAACCCAGCCAACAGUGAAUGGGACUCAAAAUGGAAACAUUGCUUAUGGACACUAAACAGUGUUCAUUGCAACACAAGAUCACACACACACACACACACACACACACACACACACACACACACACACACACACACACACUCAUACAUACUUUGAAUCUGGCACACUGUUCUCUCAGAGCUUUUGACUUUUGUAUAACCUUCUUUCUCUCUCCUAACCUGCCCCUCUUUCUCUCGCGGACCACCUGUAGAGUCCACUGACUGAAAUAAUUUUAACCCAAGGGAGAUGUGAGAAAAGAAGCAAGGUGAGGAAAAGAGAAGAAUGAAGAAGUACUUCAGUGUAGAGAAAAAGCUGCUGAGGGGACCACAAGGGGAAGGCAACAGGGGGAGGAAGGGUCUGAGGUGUUCCAGUAACUGCUAACUAGCCUUCUCACCUCACCUAACAUGGCUUGUAUACUGAAAAUCAUUUCCCCCUGCAGCACAGAAUCCUAGUUCACCAGCUUGAGCUCCUCUAACAAUCAUAGAUAGUGUUAAACUAAACCAGCAAAUGUUCAUACAAUGGCGCACACAUGCACGGCACUGCCUUUAGCUCUUAAACACGCUCCCUCUCUCUCCGUCUGGACCUCCGGCUCUCCCUGUAGUGGCGACAUCCCUCGGGUCCAGAGAGCGUGUUAGACUCCCGGGCCUGCACACGAGCGUGAGAGCCUGAGAGAGCAGGGACUCACCUUAGACCUCACACACAUACACACACACACACACACUCACACACACACACUGCCUCUCUAUGCCUUGUUUUUAUAGCAUGUACAAAAGUGCAAACUGAGCUCUAACAACACACAUACAGACUAUAUCUUUAUAUAUUCUAAAUGAAAUUAUUAAAACAAGUGAGAUUUUAAAGAAGCAUAUCAUUUUAAUGAUAUGAUUGAUUCAGGAUUUUUUUUUUUGUAAGUGGACUAAUUUGAGUGUCACACCACUCGUCAGAUAAUAUGAUAUGGAGGGUGGGUGAGCAGAAUAAAGAGGUGUGGGGGGUGGGGUUGGGUUCUGGGUUUUUCUUGUACAUUUGUUUCAUAGACAAACAAGCCAGAGAAAAACACCACAGGCCAGUCUACCAGAAGACCAGCAGAGAGAGAGAGGGAAAAAAAAAAAACAGGACUGGAACAGACUGCUAAUGAUUCAGAUGUGUGUGGUUCACUCUGCUGUUCACUUCAUUUGCAGUAGCUUGCCCUUUUAGCACACAGCACUCUACUCUUUCCUGUCUGUACAGUCUAGCUCGGCUCAGUUGGGUUUCUCUCCAGCUUGAGCUGUCCUGGCCCCAGGCCACCUCUCCAGGCCCCCGUGCGUGUGAACUCAGAGUCUGCUCAUGGGUUAUUAGUGAAGUAGUCAUCCUGUCUUUUCUUUUAGGCCAGUUAGCAUAAUGCUCCAAAGUUCGCAGCAGCUCUGGAGUGGGGCAAAGGAGAGAGGGGGGGGGAGGGUUAAGGGGUUAAUCAUUACUGUAAGAUAGCCUGAAAAAGUCUGACAUGUGAAGACCUGUCCUGAAACGCACUCUCCUCCAACUAUGCACACACACACAAAAGAUUCCUCAACACACACACUCACACACACACACACACACACAAAUGACUAUGUUUGUGAUAAUGUAUUAACAUCCCAGAGCUUUCCGUCUCUGCGGCCAGGUCAUCAAGGCAUCUGAUUGGUUAACUCAGCCGUGUUGACCAGCGGCCUGUCCCCGCCUGGCCAGCAACAAGACAGAUCUAUAGCAGCGAACUGUGAGAUAGAUGGCCUCCAGGCGGUCUGUGUAGCUGAGCUGAUCGAAUUUCCUCAUCAGACCCCUGUGGUCUGGACUGGAGCAUGUCACAACAUGUGUACACACACACACACACACACACACACUCACACACACCCUCACCACCACCAAGUCCUGUGUCUGUAUUUGAACUGACAGCUGCCUUAUUACUACUUUUCAUAUCUCAGCAACAGAUGAGGCAUCAGUCUACCUGCUCUCUCUUCUUUCUUUCUAUUUUCAUUUUUUCCUGGCUCCGUUUCAGCCGUUGUCUGACUUCCUGCUAACUGCAGUGUGAUCUGACUCAGUCAUGAUAUUGCAGGGUAAAAAGAUUGAAGUCUGUGAGCGACGCGGACUCGCUCUCAUCCUGUUUCAGGCCUCUACGGUAGACAAACAGCACAAAGAUGACAUUUCUCUGUCAAAAAGAAUAAAGGUUUCUUAGUUUAUUUUUCUGAUGUCAAUAUUGCUAUUGAUUGUUGUUGUUGUUAUUAUUGUUCUCAUCGGGUUAUUUACCUCUCCACCUGGCAUUAUUAUUAUUCCAUGGCUCUGUUAGCUGUUGCUUUUUAUGUUGUGUACAUCACUUUUGGAUGAUGUGGAAACCCCUCCCCCCCACCCCCAC